AUGUUCUUCGAACUCAAUGUCCCUGUUCAGAAGCAGUCAAGCAAAAAAGGCAAGCACUCGCAGCAAGAGGCGUUCAGUACUGUUGAAAUGAACUCGAUGGAGAGCCGAGUGGAUCUGCUGAAUUUGACUGAAAAGAUCGAAGUAGGAUAUACUGUCAUCGCGUUCUCGCAAACGGUGCCAAAGCGUGUUGAUCCCAAAACUCAUGUUAACGUCCUCGAUUCACUUUUCGCUCGAUUACGACCUCGCGCAGGGGUGUUGUACCUCAAAAGGUUGAAUAUCGUUCUUGAUCAAGACAGCGAGAAGGGCUUUGGACUCAUUAACGCAAACGUCCCUCUUUUCAAUUCUUAUGACCUGCUCGCCUUGGUCCCAACCACGCAAACAACCUUCUCACUAGCAUGUUUGACACACAGCCUUCCUUCUCAGCUGACCGCACAUGUUAUAUCACUUCCAUUGACGUUGCCUCGACUCCCUUAUCACUUGAAACACACCCUCGUUAGAACCGCGAUAAAGAACGGGUGUGUCUUCGAGAUCAACUACGUUGGGGCGCUAGGGGGAGAGCAGGAUGCGACUCUUGUCGACGCAAACGCUGCAGAAAGUGGGCCGAGUGCCAAACGGAACUGGUGGGCUGCCAUGCGAGAGUUGGUUAGGGUGACGAAAGGAAAAGGGCUGAUUAUCAGCGGAGGCGUCGUAGUGGAAGCGGACAUACGUCCACCGCGGGACGUUGCGAAUUUGAUCGCCAUCUCGGGACUCGCUCAAGAUGCCGCACACGACGCAUCCACCAAAAGCCCGAAGUCCCUUGUCGCGCGUGCACAAACGCGUAAAACAUACCGUGCUGUCUUAUCGGAACCCAAGGUCGUAUUUCCUGAAGACUGGGUUGCCUCCCAUUCCACGGCAGCGGAAACGAGUCAGAAUUCCGAAUUAAACAAUCCAGCUCAGAAACGACCACGGCAAGACAGUGAACCUUCCCAAGUUGCAGCCCCUCUUGCUGGUACCUCUUCGAAAAAGAAGAAAAGAAAACACAAUCAGCAAGCGAACGCAUGA